AUGUCUACAGACAAUUAUCAAGUGCAGAACUUUUAUAAGUAUUCUAGGAAAACGUUCAAAAAGAAUAGGCGGGGCUCGAAUGAUUAUGAUGGAGAAAACACUAACUUUGAAGCAGCAGAUGUGUCACCACGAAGUGAUCUGCGAAGUGAUGGAAGAAUUGACAGUAAUGAUUGUAAUGAUUCACCAAGAUGUAGUUGUGACUUAGAUCCUGAGGGAGAAAUCGCUAAUAUCCUCCACAAAAAAUGCCCAGUAAUAACUCUAGCGCAACAGCAAUUAUCAAGGCUGUUGGACGAAACCGACAAACUGCUGUGCGAUAACACUAGAUGCUGUAGGUCUGUAUAUGACUUCGUGUGUCUCUGUAAAGAGAUUUUCGUACGUCAGGAUAAGGGCCGAGCGAUUUUAAUUAUAUUGAUUGGUAUGAGUUUCAUUGCUGGAGUUCUGAUCGGAGCUGCAUCUUGCGGAUCAUAUCUCGGGCGGUUUAACAGUCCUAUUCUUUGUUGUGUCGACAAUUUAUUUGCCCUCGACAGGUUUACCUCUGUAGAAGACACGUAUCGUAGUAUAGUAUAG